GCUUUUGAUUUUAAUGAAGAUAUUUUAAUACCUGAUAUAUAUAUAUUUGGAUUACAGUUAGAAUCAGUUAAAAUUGUGCAGGAAAUACCAAAGCAAUUAAAACCAAUAAAUCAAUAUAGCCAAUCUACACUUGAAAAAAGAGCUCGUAAAUUUG